GCUGGCUGAGCGGCUGGAGAGCAGCUCGAGAAGCUGAAUGGUGAGGCGGCCAAAUAGCAGCGCACUGCUGGCGUGAACAUGGCGGAGACUGCGCGCUCAGUCUUCGAAUACCCUCACGGCGACGGAGAAGGCAUCAAAGCGCCUCUGCUAACUCGAGGGCGUGGCUGUGGAAGGAAAAGAAAAGGGACACCUGUGAAAGUCUUUCUAACACACACAGAGGAAGAGAGCGUGCCUGAGCAAAGCAUCGGCCCAGGUGAUCGAAAGGAGGGAGGAGACUGUAAACGACCAAUGAUGGAUGACCCUUCCUCCAGAACACAGCCUAACUGCGGCCCAUCAGAACAGACUCCACAUAAGGUCUCUAUUGGAUCCAAGGGCUGCUCCGCCUCCACACCAGCUCCGCGUCCUGCUGCUUCCUCUGCCCCGACCCUGACACCUGUACCCGCUCCGGCCCCUGCCCCCGCAGCUUCAGCUCAGGGCCCAACGCUGACCCCAGCGUCCACAGCUCCGGCUGCUCCGACUGCUUCAGUACCCGCUCCGACCGCCAUGUCCUUCCCUCCGACACCCAACUGCCGCAUCAGGGAGGUCCACUGUGGCAGCCAGGUGCGGCUGGUCGUUAUCGCCAUUCGAGACAUCACCAGGGGGGAGGAGAUCACCGUGGACUACAGCCUGACCGAGUGGGGAGAGAACCUGGGUUUCCGUGCAAAUGCGUCUCCAGCGCAACCAGAGUGUAACUCCGACUCUGAGAAUAGCAACAAUAUCAAAAAGGAGGAAGAGCCCCUCUCUCUGACUGCCCAGCAGCAUCGACAGCAGCAACAGGAAUACGUCACACCCUCCUGGUCCCUGUCCCCGUCGUCCUCCCCCAUCUCGCACUCUGAUCGCAGCAACUCGGAUGGUGGAGAUGAGGACAACGCCAGCCCUCGUGGUCGUGCACUUCGCAGGCGGAAGAAGCGCCGCGGUACCCCUUCGAAGAAAAAGGUCCCCCAUCGGGUGCAGCCCAGACGCCCCUCACCUGUGUGUUCCUCCAGCAAUCGUCCACCAGAUCCCUCGCUGUCUCCUGGUCUGUCCUCUCCUGCCUGCUCCUCCUCCUCCACAAUUUCCUCUAAAAUUGAAUUCAAAACUCCAGCAUUUCCAGAAUCUGGAAUUGGAGGGAAUCUCGCUGGAAAUGUCCCAAGAGACGGGCUGUCCACUGAAUCAACGAGGCAAACCUGUGAACACUGUGGACGCCACUUCCGCUCGCUGGGCCGCCACUUGGACAAACACCAUGCCCACCAGCCCGAUGUCUGCACUGCCCUGGUUGAGAGCUACACACAGAUGCCACAUCUGCACACGCAGGGCACAGACCCAGCUUCAGCGCACACAGAGAUCCACUCGAACUUUUCCCAAGCCAGAGGGCAGCGUGGUGUUCAGGACCUGUCCAUGUCCCAAUCCUGCUGCUCCUCUGGAAGAACCUCCAAUAAUCUGGUCCUGACCCCUCCCGGGGAGCAGAGCGCAGUGGCAGUGUCUGUGUUAAAGAGGAGCCCGCCGCCACAGGCUGUGACUCAGUCCAGGAUGGGAAGUCAGAGGAGAUUAAAGAAAGAAAAACAGAUGGAGGAGGAGGAGGACCUGGAAGAUGAAGAGGUGGACGUUGUGGACAUAAAGAGGUCAAAAGAGGAGGAGGAGGAGGAGCUGGUGUGCCCCCAGUCCUUUCAAAGCAAACCAGCCAAAAAAAUAGAAGCACCAAAAAAAGAAGAGGAAGAGAAUGAAGACAGAGUGAAUGGAGUGAUGGAAGCUGAUGACAGCGGGACAGAAGAAAAAGAAAAGGAGAUGCUGAGUGGCUCAGGCCGUCACCACAUGCUGCCCCUCCUCUCCUCCCUGUCCUCUCUGGUCCUCUACCUCCGUCGGCUUCAACACUCUGCAUUUUUGUCCCUGUCCCGGCAGCUGCAGUCUGCGGAGGCCUGGCGCCUCCUCUGCCACUCCAGUCUGGCUCUCCUCAUUCUGUACAAUCGAAGACGUGAAUGCGAGGUCUCUAAGCUGACCAUUGUGGAGUAUCGUGCCCGCGUGACUCCUCAGUGCCCCGUCCCUGUCCCUCCUGGUGCACCUCCAGCUCUCACCCCAUUGGAGGCGUCCCUCUCCCCCUUCGAGCGACUGGUUCUGCCACACCUCCCUAGAGUCGGGGUUCAGGGGAAGCGUGGACGCGUCCAGCCCCUCAUCCUUCCCCCUCACUGUGAGCCCUGCCUGGAGCUUCUCCUGCAGACACGACACGACGUCGGGGUCGAUCCUGUCAACCCGUACAUUUUUGCGCGACCCUACCACUCUCCAGCCACCCCUCUGCGCGGUACCGACCUUCUCCGCAGCCUGGCCCGUUCAAGUGGGACCCGCAACCCCAGGGCCCUGACACAGACCAGAGUGCGCCGUCAGGUGGCCAUCCUAACACAGCUACUGCUUUUAGGAGAGGGAGAGGAGCCGGGGCAGCCUGGAGGCGGCGCUGUGGAGAGGCUGGAGCAUUUCCUGGAAACGGAGUACCAUGUGACCCAGAACUGUGCUGGAAUUGGUCAAGACCCAGGCUUGAUGGGCAGAGUCGGCCGUGUGGUGCUGUGUGGAGAGAGGGAUGGAGUGCUGUUCAGAGGGAUGAGCCUCAACCACAUCUGUCUAGAGCUGGAUGUUUUGUCAGGAAACUCUGCGGACUCUUACUCCGAGGGAGAGUCUGACGGAGAACACGUGAAGGAGAAGUCCGAGGUGCCCACCCUGAGCCCUGAUGUUAGCCCUACACCAACCCUGCUCUAUGUCCGGAAGGGCAAAAGCAUUGGCCGGGUGGGCCGGCCCAAGAAGCUCCAGAACAUCCAGCCUCCACCUCCCCCACCUCUUCCUCCUCCUCCUCCACCACUGCCACCCCCAAACCGCAGGAGGGGCUCAGGAAAGCGAGGUGUGCUGAAGCGCCCCUGGUCAGAGGCAGAGCGCGCAGCAGUCGAAGAGCACCUAACUAAGAACAUCAAUGAGCUCCGUGUCCCUGCUAAAGCUGACUGUGAGCGCUGCUUGCAGCAGUGCCCCCUGCUGGUCAACAACCACCGGGACUGGCGAGCCGUCAAGUUCUACUGCCACAACCGCAUCCAGCUGCUGAAGAAGAAUCGCCGGCGUGAAAGCCAACCGCAGCCGCUUCCCGUCUGCUGAGGAAGAGCUUUUCUCUAGCUACCCCGUAUGGAGAGCUCUGACUUUCACUUGCUGUCUGAGUUUAUCUUUUUAUUUAACACAUCAUGAUAUUGUCCUAAUAGGAAAAAAAAAACGCAUUUCAAUGAUCUGCUCAGUUUCUGGGUCUUAAAUAAACACUAUUUGUGUUUGUGUAGGAGGAUGCAUAUUCUUCCAUCCAGAAUAGAUACUUUAUAGUGAUUUCUAAACAAAGAGCGACAGCUGAACCCUACAGUGUUAAACAAACAUCGUGAAGUAGCAUUUUCAGAACAAUAGGAGAUGAUUAAUUAACACACGGCCUAUGCUUGGGCUACAUUUUCAUCCUUGGAGUGGAGAAAUGCAGCUAACCAAGGUCGCUCCUCAGAUAAGCUAGAUAUUCUUCUCAGACAACUGACUGUGCAAUUAUUACUAUGGUAAAACAAUAUUUGGACCACAUAAGGCAUUAGAUUGUAAAAGAUUUAUGUUUUUGAACUUAUCACCAUAAGAGAAAAGAAAAUCAAGUUUUACUACAGUAAUCAUCAGCCUGGAGCUAAGGGCUCCAGUUAGAUUCAAGCUGCUGUGAAACUUGUCAACUUCUGAUAUGCUUUGAUAUUUUUCUGCUCGUUGCAGAAUUUUUAUUUUUUUAUUUUUUGAGGAGGUGCUAAUAAGUUGACUAUCGUUUUAAAUGUAAAGAGUUUUUUAUUUUUUUCAAAUUUAGUUUUAAAGAGAGAGCAUAAACCAUGCAGUGUUGUCUAUGAUUUCUGCUAACAGCUUGAGCUCCUCCUGUCACACUACAUGGUUUGCAGCUUGACCAGACUUUUGUUUUUGUUUUCUUUCAAUGUAGGUCUGAUGAACUAAAACCUCACAUCUGUUUCGUGAAGUUGUCAGUCUUUUUUCCUCCUUUCAUGCUCUAGGCUGGUCAGUUACACCUGUACGUGAUAGAUUUAUUACCGUAAUGCUAACUGUCUGCUAGAGUUAAAAUGUCGCAUCACUUUUCCUGUCCACUUGAGUUGAAUCUGUGUGUAAAUAAGCCUGUUUGUAAAUAUUCCUCAGAGAAUCAAAGGAAAAAUACAAUGUAUGACAUGACUUAUUGUUUUUUCUUUUAUACAAAUAUAAAAAAGUUUAAGCUUCA